AAAUAAAAGUACCAAUGUAGCUGCUACUAUACUGUGAAUGGAGGUUCUGCUGGAAAAUAUGACAGAGCUAGAUGUGGAGCACAAAAUAAGACUGGGUUCAUCUCAGUAUUUGACAGAAUACCGGGAAGAUUUUUGCUUUUAUUUUCCUUGCAAGUUUCUUUAACAUUGUAAUUGCCUCUUUAAAUAAUGGAUUAAUAAAUCGAAGUCACGAAUGACUGUCUGCUGCUGUAUUUGUUUACUUUUUUACAUAAAGCUUAUUGGUGGGACGCUAUUACCUGAACUCUUUCCGCCCAGUUCAGGAGACGUUCAUGAAUCCAAGACAACUGCAUUACACGAAGUUGUAGACGCAUUUUUAUACAAAUUUCCCACCAAUUAUUAGUAUAAAUGAGUAGCUUUGUUAAAUAUUUAUAUAUGUUGAUAAAUACACAUUUAAUUUAUGGUUAUUCUUCUAAUUAUACAUUCUGGUGUACAUCUCGUACAGUUUUGUCCUAUGUUCCUGAAUGCAGCAUGUAACACAUGCCUGUAACGUCGACUUCCAACCUUUUGGAGUGAUCCAUGGUGUUCUGAGUGCAGUCCGGGGCACUCCCUGUGCCCAAAAAUACAAAAAAACAAAGAAAACUUCAGAAGGAGACCUGUCCAAGUCCAGAUAUGCAGAACUCCACAUCCGGUGAUCCCGGUUUGACGGUUUCAGACCCGCAGCACUCCCAGAAGCUCCUGGGAGUUCUUCGGACCUUCUGGCAGGAGCAAAGCUUCCACGAUGCGCUCCUUGUGGUGGAUGGAGAGGAGAUCCCAGUGCAGAAAAACAUCCUGGCUGCAGCCAGCCCUUACAUCAGGACCAAACUGAACUACAAUCCUCCUAAAGAAGAUGGAUCAACCUACAGAAUUGAGCUGCAGGGAGUCCCCAUGGCCAUCAUGAAACAGAUCCUGGACUAUAUCUUCAGCGGGGAGAUCACCCUGAGCGAGGAGACCGUCCAGGACAUGGUGCAGGCGUCCGACCUGCUGCUCAUGACUGACCUGAAGCUGCUCUGCUGCCAGUUCCUGGAGAGCUGCAUCACGGCGGAGAACUGCAUCGGCAUCCGCCUCUUCUCGCUGCAUUACUGCCUGCAGCACGUCCACUAUGUCGCCACGGACUUCCUGCAGACGCAUUUCCGCGACGUGGCGCUCACCGAGGAGUUCAGGGAGCUUCCCCACAGCCGGGUGUGCGAGCUGCUGAGCAUGGAGAAGCUCAACGUGGGCAACGAGAAGCACGUGCUGGAGGCCGCUGUGCGAUGGUUCGCCCACGACCCAGACUACCGCAGGGUUCAUAUGAAGGAAGUGAUGUCGGCCGUGUGGAUGCAGGGCUUGGACCAGAGCUACCUGAGAGAACAGUCCAUGGCAGAGCCGCUGAUGAGGGAGGUGGUCAGGGAAUUCUGCCAGAAGGUUCUGACGGAGGAUCCGCCGCAGGGCGAGGCGAUGCUGACCGCCUUCAAACCCCGAGGUUACUCUGAAUGCAUUGUCCUUGUAGGAGGAGAAGAUCGAAGGUAG